AAAAACCAAUUUAAAGUGAAAUAAUUACAACCGAACAAAGAUCCUCCUUUACUGCCCACAGCGUACUGUUAGUUUCUUAUCAAAGCGGGUCGCUUCGAGCCGAAGUGUGUGGUGGCGUAGCCAAGUGAGCCAUGACAAAAGCGAAAAACGAAAUAUUCACGAAAGUGUUCCGUGCUAGAAUUUCCGCCUUUCUGUAGCUACGGCAAGCUCCCGGGGUGAAAGAGUGAGUGGCUUGGGGGGGGGUUGGAGAAAGGCAUAAGAAGCAAGAUCGUAACACGGUGGCGCGUUCCACAGCAUUCCAACGGGAUGCUUUUACACCGUUAAAAUCCAUUGCUCACUGCCGCGGCCGUCUUGAUCUGCCCUUUUGCGAAAGAAUCGUUUCAUCUUCGUUACCCGCGGCUGCGGCCGUGUACGGCUCAAUGGAGCAUUGUGUGUAUGUGUGUGUGUGUUUGCGUUGUGUUGUUGUGUUUCGCGGCAGUGUAUUGUAAAAGAGUGUGUUUAUUCGUGCAACAUAAUUCUUAGCCCACACAACACCUUACCCACACACACACACCGUGGGGAGGGGUGGGGGACCGUUGGGCGUUGAAGGAUGCCACAAUUUAUUCCUUCCGUUUUUUCCUAACCUCCUUCGUUGCCGUCUCGGUCUGUGUGUGUGUGUUUCCGUCCCUGCCUGUGUGCCUGUAUUGUUGUUCGCACGCGCUCCAUUCCACAAACAGAAAGUGUUCUGCCAGCGAGUGAGGGAAAAAUUAAUUCUGCCUUAUUUUAUUUAUGCAUUCAAAAGCGUAUUGCCACGUUGCCGCUCGGCGCACUUUCCAGUCCACCUGGAAUCACAGUGAGGGCGGAAGAAAAGCCAUCGCUCUGCGUCAUCAACCCCAUCUGUGUGACCACGCGCGCCAUGUGCAAUUUGCCCGCAGGUUGUGCGGUUCCCCCUAUAGUGUGUAUGUGUGUGUGUGUAGUGUAGUGUGUGUAUGGGGUGUGUGGCACCCACUAUUCGAUUACCCACUUGUGUGGUACAUCGAAUGUCGUUGCACGUGUGUGUUCACUGAAAAGAGUUAGUUUUUCACCGUUCCUUUAGGGAAGGUAGUCGUGCUUGUCGCGUCGGUGGCGGUGGUAAUUCAUUAAACGCGUUUUACCAGACCGCGAGUGAAGACAGGAGCCGCCGGACCAGCCAGCAGUCAGCACAGCAAUUUUCAUUCCUGGUGCAGCCUGGAAGCACAGUGCAACUUAUUUGCUGCCAAGGCAACCGAAACAAAACAGUUCAGUGGGUGAGUGAGUUUAAAAUAAGCGUGUGGUGCAUUUAAAACAAGGGCAAAGGAAACCCCCUACCCAUGCUCCAUGUGCGUUGGAAGUGUUGUGAGCUGCAGUAGAAACUCAACAAGGCAUAUUUAAACGCACACACAAACACCUAUUCGAGUGCAGUGUAGUGCUAGUACUAUCGCGAUUUUUUCCUGCCAAAGUUUUGAAACCGGGUCUGCAGUACACACCGUCGUCACCUACGAACCAUGUACCCGUACUACGAAACCGACUGGAGCAUACUGCCGCCGGAACACAAUCGAAGAUACAGUCCCGGCUUGACGAUCAACAACAUCAAACAGGUGAUCAAUGAAACGAUCGAAACCAAUAUUUUGCGAAAGCCGGCCCCAACACGGCUGCGAGAGCUGAUCCGACAGAUCCGUGCCUGCCGGACGGCGGCCGAGGAGCGUGCCGUGGUCAACACAGAAUGUGCCUACAUCCGAAGUACCUUCCGCGAGACGGACUGCAUCUGGAAGUGUCGCAACAUGGCAAAGCUGCUGUACAUCCACAUGCUCGGCUAUCCGGCCCACUUUGGCCAGGUGGAGUGCCUGAAGCUGGCCGCCAGCGCCAAGUACACGGACAAGCGGAUAGGCUACCUCGGCGCGAUGCUGCUGCUCGACGAGCGCACCGAUGUGCACGUGCUGCUUACCAACUGCCUUAAAAACGAUCUCAACAGCCCCACACAGUUCGUCGUCGGCACGGCACUGUGCACGCUGGCCGCCAUCGCGUCGCCCGAGAUGGCCCGCGACCUGUGCAACGACGUCGAGCGGCUGAUCGUGUCGACCAACGCGUUCCUGCGCAAGAAAGCGAUCCUCUGUGCCUUCCGGUUUGUGCGCCGCGUCCCCGAGCUGAUGGAGGACUAUCUGCCCAAGUGUGAGGUGUUUCUGGCGGACAAGAACCACGGCAUCCUGAUCGCCACCAUCACGCUAAUUACCGAGAUGUGCGAACAGAGUGGACCGGUGCUGCGGUACUUCAAGUCGAUCAUACCGACGCUGGUGCGCAUGCUGAAAUCGCUCACCGUUACCGGCUACUCGCCCGAACAUCUGGUAAGCGGGGUGAGCGAUCCGUUCCUGCAGGUCAAGAUACUGCGGCUGCUGCGGGUGCUCGGGCACGGCGAUGCCACGCAGUCCGAGAUCAUGAACGAUGUGCUGGCCCAGGUCGCCACCAGUACGGAGACGAGCAAGAACGCUGGCAACGCGAUCCUGUACGAAACGGUGCUGACGAUCAUGAACGUCGAGUCGGAGAACAGUUUGCGCGUGCUGGCGGUUAACAUACUGGGGCGGUUUCUGCUGAACAACGACAAAAACAUCCGGUUCAUUGGGCUGCUCACGCUGGUCAAGACGGUGCACAAGGACAUGACGGCGGUGCAGCGCCACCGCAUUACGAUCCUCGAGUGCCUUUCGGACGGCGAUCCGUCGAUACAGCGGUGCGCGAUGGAGCUGUCCUUUACGCUCAUCAACACGCAGAACAUCGAGAUGGUGGUGCGGGAGCUGCUGCGGUACCUCGAGUCGACGGACGCGGAGAUGAAGGCGCUCUGCAGCAGCAAGAUUGUGCUGGCGGCGGAGACGUACUCGCCCUCGAUCCGCUGGCAUUUGGAUGUGCUGCUGAGGAUUCUUACCAUUGCUGGCAAUAACAUCCGAGACGAUGUGAUCUCGUCCACCAUACAGCUCAUCUCGAACAGUCCCCAGCACGAGCAGCGUUUCAUCACGGACAAGAUGUGGGAAGCGAUCAUGAACAUGAACCAGCUCGAGAAUCGGCAGCCACUGGUGCAGGUUGCUGUAUGGACGAUCGGGGAGUACGGAGAAUCGGGCGGGUUCGAUGAGUUUGAAUUAAUUGAACACUAUCGGCAACUGUUGUGGGCACCGCAGCUUUCAAUCACCACCAAGCAGUACAUUCUCGUGUCGUUGGCCAAAAUCAGCGUACGAAUCGAUGGCUGUAUACCCGAAAUUCAAAACAUCAUCAAUGCAUUCCGAGUGCACAUGAACAUCGAUUUGCAGCAGCGGGCGAACGAGUUUUCGCAACUGUUUACCAACUACAAACACCUGCGGACCUCGCUGCUCGAGAAGAUGCCAAAGCUGAAGCUAUCGGAGCUGACCACCUCCGAGUACAAUGCUGACUUUGCGUCCGGCGAAUCGUCCGAGGUGGAACAGCAGCAACAGGAAGAGCCGGUGCCAGCUCCAGAACCAUCGAACCAAGACAUCUUGCUCGAUCUUCUGGGCGAUUGCUUUAGCAGCGACGGAAACGGCAACAAUGCACUCGCCGUCGUGCCGGUUACGCAGCCAGCCGCACCGCAAUCCUAUCUACAAACGAGCUUUAAUCAAACCGGCCUGUCCACAAUGAACAACUACAACAAUAACGGUCCGAUGGCACCCGGCACCGACAGCUUCCUCGAUCUGCUUGGUAUUGCCGCAGCGAACCAAACGCAUCCGUCAAAGCAGCAGACAAUCGACUACACACCGGCAACGGCAACAAUACCAGCGAUCGAAGUUUACCACAAGGACGACAUACACAUCCGCUUUCUCGUACACCCGCAGCAAACGACGGUCCACGAUCGGGAGACACCAUCAACGACCCCGGCCCGCAUCACCGUUCAAACGACCAACGGAUCACAGACGACGAUCGAAAAGUUCCUGUUCCAGGCAGCCGUACCGAAAGCGUUCGUGCUGACGCUCCGUGAACCGUCCGGCACGGUAAUGCCACCGGGCGGUACGAUCAUGCAGGAUUUGCUGAUUGCGCGGCAAACGGCCCAAAGUGGCGGUGCUGCGGGUGGGCUGCGCAUGAAGGUUCGCUUUUCGUACGAGGUGGAAAACUACUCCAUGAUGGAACAGAUCGAUGUGAACGAGUUUCCCAGCGGGUUUCUACGCUAGCAGCCGGUGAAAGGGUAGAAAGAAAUGUAGAAUGCACGUGGAAAGUUUAACCUGAUUGCCUGCAAGGAUCGCCUUUAGUACUUAAGCAUUGGAAGACACAUAAUCGAAACAGUAGCAAGCAAGAGCAAGACAACUGAACACUGUAAUAAAUUCCUCUAUCUACUAGAAAGAACAAAUAAUGGUACAAACGGAAGCAGGGUUGUUACUACUAUUUGAUAGCGAAAAACCAAUCGUUCAUUUGUACAGCUUCAUUGUACGUACGACGUCGGUGGCAUAAAUCUGAACAAAAGCAGAUAAACCAUGAGAAGGAUUUUCCCUCUUCCGUUCCUUAAUAGUGUACUGUCCUGUAUCCCGCUUCUUUACCACUUUAUACAGGCCUGGGAUUCGUACGACAGUAAAUAUGUGAUCAGAGUGUAUUUUAUCAGAAAACAUCACCCACCUAACUACCUAAUUGUGAAUGUGUGUUAAAGUGGACCAACCGUUGGACCAACGACUAUCGGAGAACCGCAAGCGUAGUAAAGAGUAGUAAUAUACCCAGAACACUUUCAUCCUCACACAUCGAAAAUCUUGUUAAAUCGUUCAUCGCAUACGGAUUGGAUUGGAGGCGUAGAAGAAGAUAUCCUUUUACGCACAUCUUUCCUGGUUCGGUGUGGCGAAAAGUGACCGGAUAUAUCAUACGAGUAAAUGACUGAAAAGCUCAAUUACAUUUUCUAUCACAAUACAGAAAAAAUACACAUUUAAUGGACAAAUACGACAAAAAGUGUUUGCCUGGUACUGUUCGCACCCUUCAUCUACAAUCAACUUUAAGAUGUGAUUUUAAACUGGAAAUUAACUUAAAAGAAUGCCGUAUAUCAAAAGAGGAAGGCAGGAAACUUGAAACACCUGCAAUAAAGCUAAUAGAAAAAUAAUGUUCUACAAUCUUAAGAAUAGAGCAAGAAACGGUAGGAAUGUACAGUUAACGAUGCUUUUAAAAACCCGAGAGAAAGUGUGAACAGUCGUACCAAAUCGUUCGAAUGUAUGUGAAGCAAGGUUUUAGAAAACGAGCAACUUUUUCACCGUUUUGUUUUACGUUUUGUUUUCUUUUAUAGAUGAUCUAUGAAUAAUAAAAAUGUGUUAAGAAAACCA